GCCGCGGUGGAGCAGCGCUCGGCGGAAGGAGAUAAAUAAUCCCUGAUCAGAGGAACCAGCGACCCGCCGCAGGUAAAAGAGCCGCCUGUGGAUCGUUGGGGGGCCGCGGUGACGGCCGCGAACCGCCGCUGAGAGCCGCCGUCCGGCCGCUGAGCGCCGCAGCUAGCAGGCUAGCAGCGCGGCUAACCGGAAGCUGGGCGCUGUGACACGUCAGCAGCUCUGUUGCCAUGGUUAACGACGACUCGAGUUAGACCCGAGUCUGACCCGGAUUACGGAGGCGAGACUUUAGCUAGCAAAGUACGGGUUACACUCAGGGCCAGCGGUGGAAGCUGAUUGGUUAGAGAUACGGAGGACAGAGCUGUGAUUGGUUGGAGGGGAAUGAGCUGGUGUACUAUUGGUCAGCAGCAAGGAGAGCGGUGCUCUGAUUGGAUAAGAGUUAUACAGGCUCAUGGACUCUGGAACACCCAUCUCGUUGCCAUUAGUUACAGCAUGGAGCGCUCUGAUUGGACGGACACUCUGACUGCGUCUCAUCCAGGUGUGCUGUCAGGAUGUCCCACGCCUCCUCCGAAGGUAACCAGAAGGAGGAGGAGCUUCCUAGCAGAACAUGGGCGGAGCCUGAGCCUGGUCCAUCCAGGUGUGAGCCUAGCAGGCAGGGUUACUGUGGAUACUGCAGAGUCCUCUACACCAACCUGGACCAGCACCUGUCUAGUCUCAGACACCUGGAUUCAGUCCGGACGUCCUCCAGAGGCUCCGCCUCCGUGUCCAGAAGCAACCAGAGCAGACUGACGCUGCUGGAGCGCUUCCUGCAGGAUGUCCAGGAGCACCACCCGCACCUCUACAGCGACGCCAGGCCGUCCCACACUGACCUUCCCUCGGUCUCCGCCCCCCUGCUGCCAAAGGCGGAGCUGGAUGAACUCUGCUCCUCCGGCGACGACAGCCAGUCUCUAGGUACCCGAGAACACCUGCCCAGCUCUGAUGACGCGUCCUGUCAGCCGGCCAAUGAGGAGAGAGGAGGCGGCUUCCUCAGCCAAUCAGGAGGAGGAGCUGGUCGGGAGAGGCUGUCCUCUCAAAUCCAGGAACAGGAAGUAGGCCUCAGAGCCCCGCCCCCUUUCACUACCAGCCCGCCCCCUCAGUCUCAGGCUCCGCCCCCUCAGUCUCAGGCUCCGCCCCCUGUCCAUAGAAAAGCCCACAGGAAGACGAACAGGAGGAAACCCAGUGAGUCUUCAUCCUCCACCCAGGCCCCCAGGGGCCCCGUUUUCCAGGCAACACUGGACCCAGACACCCGCAGGGGGCACCAGGGCCCCCCAGAGUCAAACGCCCAAACCCCUUCAGGACCAAGACCCCCCGGGUGCCUGGUUCCCACAGAGCCAAGGACCCGGCCCUCCUUAGACCCAAGGCCCCCGUCAUCCCGGGGGCCCCAGGUUCCUGUAGGCCCCCAGGCCCCCCCGUCCGGCCUGAGGCCCUUUGUGAGUUGGCAGAGGGAGAGGAGGCGGGUCCAGAAGGAGGAGGCGUUCUCGUCCCACAGUGAGCUGGUGGAGGAGACCAUUGAAGAGGUGAUCCACAGGUGCUGCUACAGCCUCACCUCACCGCACCACCCGCAGGAGGAGACGGACAGCUUCCACCUCAGCCUACCUGUCUCCAUGGAUACACAGAGCGAGGACUGGGACACACCUGUACAGCAGGGGGUUUUCCAGAAAGCUGGAACGUCCACCGACGUACCUGUCCAGGUGGUCCAGGCAGAGCAACGGGAUCUCGGCCGUCUCAUGGACGCCCAGGUGGACAUGGAGGACCAGGUGUACUCCAACCAGCUGGACUGUGCUCUGCUUGGUGGGGGGGUCCAGCAGGACCAGGGCUUCUGGAACCUCCCCACCGAGGAUGUCCUACCUGUCCCAGAACACGUCCCAAAGUCCUUCAGGGGAAAGACCUGGGCCCAGAUCGAACAGGAGGACGAGGAGAGGGUGGAGAGACUCGUCCAGCAGUUCAGACGGGGACGAUUCCUCUGCUACUUUGACACGGAGUCCCUGGCCAGGUUUGGAAGGCGGAGCAGGAGGAACAAGAAGAAGAAGGAGGACGAGGAGGAGGAGGAGGAGGAGGGAGUCAUGGCUGCUCUGCCCCUGGUGGACCGGGAGGAGGACCACUCUGCAUGUGUGAGGAUAAGCAAGAGGAGGCGGAGCUUCCGAUUGGCAUCCAGGUGUCAGGUGGUUAAAGUCAGCCACGGCACUCAGACUCUGCGAUUGGUCAUCCCGGCUGUCCAUCAGCUGUCUCCAGAGGCUCCGCCCACCAGCCUCCCUGCAGCCAUUGAGAAAACGCCAGAGACGCAGACGUGGCAUUCCCUCCCUCCAUCUUACUCCAGCAUCGUCACACCUGUACAGCCUCGCACCUCGCUGGUCUACCUGCUCUGCUCCCCGCCCACCUCACCUGAAGGCUCCGCCCCCAAGCGCUGCCGCAGGAGGCGGCGUCCGGUCGACCUGCAGCGGUUGAAGGUCAAGUAUAAAAGGCUUCCUGUGAAGUUCUACGAGCCGGGAACCAACCAGAUCCUGAGAAACCCUCCGCAAAGGUUACUGAGACCCAGAGGCUCCGCCCCCUCAGGCCAGCCGCCGCCGCCGUGCGUCCGGCAGCUGUUUCGCAGUCUGAGUCCAGACCUGAACAUGGACAGGCGGCCAGGGGAGGGGCCUAAAGGUGACGGCCUGCUGAGCGCGCUCAGUGGAGACUCUAGGACCGCCAGGAGGCGGAGCCGUGUUUCUCAGACCCCUCCCACAACCACCGCCAGGUCACGCAGAGAAAGAGGGGGUAGGCCACGCCCCCCGACUUCCCAGAGAAGGAGCCGGCUGCAAGCCCCGCCCCCUCCACCCAGGAGGGAGGGGCUCCGCAGAGCGACGCCUAGCCGGAAGCUCCUCAGCUCCCCGGUCCACGGCCUUCAGCCGCCCCGCAGGGGGAGGAGUCAGAGAGGGCGGGGCUGUGAGAGGGGGGGCAGGUAGCAGAGCACCUGUAAGGGAGCAGGAUGGACUCUA